AUGUCGUUCUUCGGGAAGAGAUCUAGGGGCGGUGCGAAGGGGAGACACCCGCAGCAGCAGCAAGGGGGCGGAGCAGGAGCAGGAGCAGGAGGGGAGCCGCUCGAUUUUGAAGAGACGUACCGUGGGUAUGGCGAUUACGGACAGGAGGACGGGGAUUACCUCAAUGACGAGACGUUUGGGGACAAUGCGGAGUUGGGGAACGAUUUUGAUUUUGGGCACGGUGUGCAGCAGCAGGAGGCUGUUCCACAGCCUCCGCAGCAGCAGCCACACGUUUCGUACGUCCAGGCUGCGCAAUCUGGGAUCCACACGGCGCAAAUGGACACCUCUGCUGACUUGAAACCUAUGGCGUCGUUGUGGUCCACUGGGCCGCCAGCGGUGCAACAGCCUCAUAUCUUGUCCAUGGAGGAGAUUGAGAGACAGCAACGGCAGAUGCAACAACAGGGGUUCAUGCAGGCGCCUCCACCGCCACCACCGAUUCACCCAAUGACACCACAGGGGUACCCUGUGCCACCUAGUGAUGCGCCUUACCAGGGGUUCAUGCAGGGACCACCACCACCACCACCAGCAACUGCACCAAAUGCACCAACUGCACCAAAUAUGCAACAGUUCGCACCAAAUGUGCAGUACGGUAUGCCAGGACAGCAAGGUGCGUACCCUCCCGCGUUCAACCAGGGUGCCUUCCCAGGGAUGUACCAGGCUUCGUCACCGGCUCCAGUUCAGCCACAGGGCGCACCAGACAGGGGGGAACUCCAGAGCGAGUUGCAACCACAGCCGCAAUCGCAAUCGCAAUCGCAGUCCCCACAGCCGGAAAGAGAGCAGCGUUUGGCUUCUGGUCAGCCCGCUCAAUUGAGAACAAGGCUCCAGCAGCAGCAGCAGCAGCAGCGGAGAGAACCAUUGUCGCCAGAGGAACAACAGCGGCUGCAGGUGCGCCACGCGAAGGUCGAGAAGAUCCUGAAACACGCAGGACUGAUGACCCCUAGGGACAAGGACUUCAUCACGAGGUACCAGUUGUCGCAGAUCGUCACGGAGGACCCCUACGACGAGGACUUUUACUUCCAAGUGUACAAGAUCAUCCAGCGCGGUGGUGUCGUUGGCGAAUCCAACAAGGGACUCAUCGCGCGCGCGUACUUGGAACACUCUGGGCAUAGACUCGGCGGGAGGUACAAGAGAGCCGAUAUCGCACUGCAGAGAAUGCAGAACCAAGUAGAGAAGGCAGUCACCGUUGCGAAAGAGAGACCGCAGAAGAACAAGAACAAGCUAGAGGAGGAGGCCAGUGGUGCAGGUGGGCGCGAGGGUGUUCUAGGGAAAGUCUCCACCGCCAUGAACAGUAAGACCCCAAGAAGACAGUUGCAGAUCCCGCUGGCAAACCUGAGAUCGAACAGCGAGAUCGAGGCCUCGGAAUUGGAGGCGUCGGCGAAGGUGCCCACUCCGGGGGCACUCGAGGAGGUCACGCAGUCCCUCGACAACGUCGAGAUCAGCCAGAAGUCCAGGGUUAGGAGAAGGUCCUCUUAUGCGUUCUCCUCCGUGGACCACAACUCGGUGCUAGGUAGAUCAGGCGGUAGAAAAUUCGUGCUCUCGCUGAUCGAAACCGUGUACGAGGAGGUCCUCGAAUUGGAGGCCAAUCUGAGAAGUGGUAAGGAGACGAACAACCAGAAACUGUGGGACGCACUGCACGUUAACGAUGAUGUCUACGAGGUAUGCCCCUUCGUCUCCAUGCUCACUUUCGACAAGGGCGUCAAGAUUAUGCCCCGGAUCUUCAAUUUCCUGGACAAGCAACAGAAACUGAAAUCGUUGCAGAUGUUCUUCUCAGAGUUGUCCCACUUGAACAUCAUCAUCAUCAGCUCGUACAAGACGAACCCAACGCCCUCAGACGCGCAAUUGAAGAAAAUCGAUUUGUUCCAAACCGUGUUUUUGAAGAUCAUUGUUUCAUUCCUGUCCAGUAGCUCAAACUUUAUCGAAAUCAUGGGGCUUUUGCUUCACCUGAUCAAGAACAACAACGUUUCGUUCAUCUCCACCUCUAAGAUUGGACUGAACUUAAUCACCGUGCUCAUCUCGCGUGCAGCUUUGAUCAGACAGGACACAAACAGGAGCAACGUCCUUUCAUCGCCAGAGAUCUCCACGUGGAACGAAAUCUACGACAAACUGUUCACUGCCAUGGAGAGCAAGAUCGUCGCAGUGUUCCCACCAGCGGAGUACACGGACAGAGUGGUCCACGCCGCGGGGUCCACCGCACCAACGAAAUACUACGACCAAGCGUACAUAUGGCAGUUUCUGGCGUCGCUUGCCCUCAGUGGGAAGCUGAACCACCAGCGGAUCAUCAUCGAUGAAGUAAGGGACGAGAUUUUCGGGACCAUCAAUGCGGCAGAGGAGAUGAGGGAGCAGGCCAAGAACACGCAGGGCGCACCAGCGGAUGACCUCCUGUACAGGCGCGACAAACUCUACCAAGACCUGAACCUGUUCUUGAACGUCAUGGGACUGAUAGCAAGAGACGGCGAGAUCGCAGAACUGAAAUGA